AUGGAUUCCCCAUCCCCCGCAAAGUUCCCCCACAAAUCUCCCAUCAAGCUCGACGUGAUUGUGGUGGGAGCUGGCCUUGGCGGACUUGCGUCUGCCAUUUCAAUCGCGCAGUCCGGGCACGCAGUCACCGUCUUCGAAUCCGCGAAAGAACUCGCCGAAGUAGGCGCGGGCCUCCAACUCACCCCUAACUGCACCAAGAUCCUCCAGCGAUACGGCCUUAGCGAUUCAUUCUGGGCUUCCGCUGCUGAACCCACAUCCCUCACCGUACACCGAUAUACAGGCUCGGUACUCGCCCACGACGAGACCUUUGCCCACACAACUCGCGCUCGAUAUGGUGCACCGUUUCUUGACAUGCAUCGCUGCGACCUGCAGCAGGCGUUGUACGAGCGCGCGAAAGCUCUGGGUAUCACAUUCCGAUUCCGUUCGAAGAUAACUGAUCUUGAAUUGGACCAGCCGCGGCCUGCAGUCUCUACAGAAGGUGGAUCCCGAACCGUCGCGGACCUGAUUGUUGCGUCUGAUGGAUUGUGGUCACGAUGUCGAUCGCAGUUCCUGGGACGGGAGGAUCCUCCCAAGCCUACCGGUGAUUUGGCCUACCGCGUAGUGCUCGAGCUCGACCGAAUUGAAGACGCGGAGCUACGGCGGUGGGUAUCUGAACCGACAUGCCACUUUUGGAUAGGACCAGGUGCUCACGCCGUAGGCUACUCGCUGCGGGGAGGCAAGAUGUACAACAUUGUGCUGCUUGUACCCGAUGACCUUCCAGAGGGAGUGAGUCGCCAGCCUGGUUCCAUUGAGGAGAUGAGGGCGCUGUUCAAAGACUGGGAUCCAAUUCUAUCGCGUUUCUUGGACUUGGUCGAUAGUGUGGAUAAAUGGAAACUGAUGCAUCGAGAUGAAAUGAAAUCUUGGGUUAAUUCCGGUUCCAACUUAGUCUUCACGGGCGAUGCGUGUCAUCCGAUGCUACCGUAUCUAGCUCAAGGAGCAAACUCAGCAAUCGAGGACGGCGCCGUUCUCGGAUUACUUCUCGGACGCAUAAAGUCCAGGCAUAGCGUACCCCAGGCACUGAGAACUUACGAACAUCUGCGAAAAGCGCGGGGUGAAGCCAUCGUGCGGGAGACUUUCAAGCAGCGUGACGCGUUUCAUAUGCACGAUGGACCUGAACAAGAAGCCCGUGAUCAGGUGUUCCUGUCACAGCUAGGCAAGGAGCUGAAAGGUCCCUUUCCGAGUCGGUGGACCUGUCCACAGGUACAGCCAUGGCUGUAUGGUUAUGAUGCUUAUGAUGAAGUGGAGAGAGCUGUGGAGGCGGAGCCUUUCCAAAGCUCGUCGAACGAGAAGCGUAAUCUGAGUACCGAGUCAGACUGGUUAGCUCGGCUGUACAAGUGGCUGCCCUUUUUGCACUGGGUGAAGUAG